AUGUGCGGUAUGGUUGGCACAAAGCGGUUCAAAUUCGAUGUCUUUUCAAACGAUGUGACGUUGGCCAACGAAAUGGAGUCGACUGGAAUCGCUGGGAGAGUUCACGUAUCGGAAGCGACUGCCAAGUAUCUCCGAGAGGAUUACAUACUGGAAGAUGGGCCUGACUACGACGGUCCGCUAAGAAUGCAGGUCCAGGGCACAGAGAGACGUGUGAAGCCAGCAAGUAUGAAAACAUACUUCAUCAAAGGAAGACUCCGGGAGUCGAUAGACGAUGGCCUCGACACGGGAGUAUCAGAACGUGAAGCUGUCGUUCAGAAAGUGACCCCAGUUAGCUCUGCUAAGCCGAAAACUGGUUUCAAGCAGGUAGGGAUAGCUUGUUAA